AUGCCUCCUCACCCUUCUGACACCCCCGAUCGCCCCAGGCGUGCCCUACAGGCUCUGGAACCAUUCCUACGCCUCCUGGCGAUCUCCCACCGUGAGAUCGAGAGCGUCGUCGCCGAUGCGCUCGGUCGAUGCCUCGGAUUCUUGACGCGCGCGCAGUGGAAGGAGCUUGGCUUGAACCAAAACCGCUGGCGCGCGUUGUUCAUGUCCAUACUCUACCUGCUGCGCGAGGACGGAGGCCGGAACGGGCGGGAACGGUCGCACCCGGCUGGACGACCCUCUCACGCUCCCCGAUGAAGCGUCUGUCGGGUCGGACGCAUACGAAGAAGAGCGAGCCCUCUUUCGUCGCGUCUCGGGUGGUAAGGACGUCAUUUGCUUUUCGUAUGUGAGUAUGCGUGACGUGGUCUCGUUGCCGUUGAACGUGGACGUGUGGACCUGACGCGUGCCCUGCACUGCGCACGCCUCCCCCUGUCUCACUUCGCAGGCCUGGACAAGCGUCAUACGAGCUACAAACGAGACCAAGAUACACAGGGUCUUCGUGCCGAAGCUCGUUUACUCGGCGGACUGGUGGGAGGACCGUGUGAUUAUGAUGAUCGUCGGGCUCUUUGGGUGGAAGGAUCGGGUACCUGCGGUCCUUCGCGUGUUCGCCUCGGCCGGCUUUGUGACCCCACCGCCGGGGGUCGCCACCAAGUCUACGAGCUCAAGGUGGCCGAAGUGAGCUUUCGGAACCAGAGCCUCAAGCGCAUUGUCGAGGCGAUGCUCUUGGUUCCCCUGCUACGCGACAGGGCGACCCACCCGGCCACUGCAGACCCCAAGCUCGAGGCCGCUCUCCGUGCCUUGUACAAGAAAGCCCACAAGAUCAUCCCCGAUGCCGCGACGUUCGACUCGAUCUACGCAUCCGCCCGCCAAGUGAUCUUCGACGCAAUCCAAGUCGUCGAAGAACACCUCGACAAGAUGAUGGGUCCAACUGAGCGCGAUCAACUCCGCCGCCAGCACACGCUCGGCGACCUGGUGAAGGGGAAGUUCAAGUUCUUGCCGACCCAGGUCCUGCUUCCGGCACUUCACGCGCUCAAGAUCAAAAGUGGUCGUAGCCAAGGCAUCGGACCGGUGAGCACCCCUUGACACAUUCGGGUGGAAUUGCCACUGCAUUGGUAUAGCCAAGUGAGCGCUUCGUACUAACCGAAGCUCGACCCGCCCCCCGAUACUUCACAGGACUUUGCGCCGGAAAUUGUAACGAUGCCCUUGCGCCGUACCGCGAUCAUCCUCUGGAAGGGACCGGAGGUUGCCCGAGUGCUUGUCAAAUGGCUCGAUGGGGUCUGGAUCCCGUGGGCUGCGCAGCGUGCUGAUGCGCAGACGACGAACGAGGAAAUCGCCGGCGCCGGUCAAAGGGUUCGCGAGAUGUUGAGGCGACAAGUCGACGCGAAGGGUGUGCUGCUGAGAGGAGGAGGCGGAGGCGAGGAAUGGGUAAUUAGCCCUGAAUGGGAGGCCCAGUGGGUUGCGUUUUGCGAAGCGACGAUCCAUGGCAUCUUUUCCGUCGCAACCCCACCCCGGUCAGAUGCUCCUGGCAGCGACUCCGACAGUGACGACGCCGACGCCGACCCACCCACCAAGGUGCGCAAGGUGACCGCCGCCCAGUCCGACCGAAGCCUCUUCAAGCCCAACUCGGAUGGGGUUCCGCGUUACCUGACCGGCAAGGGACCGCUCGUCGUCUUGCAGCUCUUCAACGUCGAGCUCUUUGGUCCCCACCGAGUUCCACAUGGUCAGUGGCAAACCAACGGCCAUUCGGUCCAGAUCCUCACGCUCGAUGUCGCAGAGGCCGUUCUCGAAGCUCGCUCGUCGCCUGAUUCUGAAGCUGCGAUUGUUCCUCGCCAAACGGUAUACGAAACGUUCGACCUCGUCACCGAGCACUACCCGACGUGGCAUUCGUCCAAGAACGCGGGUCCCAUCUUCCGCAAGCUGAUUCAGAGUCUUCGAAAGAUCCCCUCCGUCCCAAAGACCGCCACAAACCCAAAGGGAGUGGGACACGAGGAGCAGUCGGUGCGCUGGGUCCCCAAACGUGCGGUCAAGAAACUUCCCACCCUCCCCGGGGGCAUGCCAAUGAUCCAGAGGGUUGAGAACGGGAGGGAAGAGGCGCUGCAGGCCAUCUUUCAAAAGGCGACUGGGGAGGUACGUUCCAAUCCUACGCGAGCUGAGCGGGGGGCAUCGAUCCUUUGUAAACCCAAGUUUGCUAACCUCGUGUGGUGCCUUUCCUCCUUGCACCUCAUAUCGACCGGGUAGUCGUGGGGCGAUUACGAGCUCCCACCAAUUUCCACCUGCAUUCCGGGCUGCGACGAGUUGGCGAGUGAGCUCGAAGCCGGGUUAACCGCGAUGUAGUCACUGUCGGCAUCGACCCGGGUACCAUGUGCCCCAUGGCCAUCUCCUCCAGAUUGUACGAUCGGAACGGAUGCCCAAUGGAAGACGAGCUGGUGUUAUACGCGUCCUCCGUCGACCACGCCCUUCAUUCGACGCAAGAGCGCACGCGCUUAAUCGACGCCGAGCUCGGCGCCGAACUUAGGUUCGGCCUGCAGAUCUCGUCGGAGCCGAACACCGCCGGUAUGCCUCGUGUCGUGCCCGCUACCGCCACUCCUGGCCCCGCUCCUCGCGCCCCUGCCCCAAUCGCGCCUACCGACGCGCUCGCAGUAGCUGCCACCGACGCCCAUCCGUCGCAUGCUGGCCCAUCGGACGACGCACCUUCGACCGAGUGGCUGCAGUCCGAGCCAGAACGCCAGACAACAGUGCACAAUUCCCGGGUCCACGCGAAAGCGACCGUUCAGCGCCUCGUCGACCAAGUGAUGAGCGCGACGGGUGUCCGCGUCGUCGGUGAGUGCACUAAGUUGACAGGGGCCCUCCCGGCGCCGAUCGAGCUUCUGGUGGCAUGCCUAACCCCCCCCCCCCCCCCCCGGUGACUGACCACUGCGUAAAUCUGGCCCGGACCGCGGGGUUUUCUCUCUUUUAUUUUGGUCUUUCCCUUCCUCACUCAGAACGAGCCUUGAAUGGAACUCGCCAGCAGCAAGCCCUCGACAGCCUGCGCUCGCCCGAGUUGGCGCUUCGAGACGACAUCCUGUCGUCGGAGCCACGCCUCUUCAUUUUCUUCAUCGGCGUGGGUGACUCGAGCCGUGGCACGGUUUACGCGACCUACCGCACCAACGUCUUCCUGCGGGCGCUCGUUGCAGAGAUCGAGCGUCUGAAGCGCGUCGGCUUGGAUAUUCUGGUUUAUUACGUCGAUGAAGAUUUGACGUCGUCGCUAUGCAGUAACCAAGACUGUCGGAACGAACACGGCCACCGGUCGAGGUCAGUCUCCGAGAUCGAACAGGGCCGAGUCGAGGUCAUGUUUGCUGGUCUGAUCACCAACGUUGUUCUCCUUCGUCCCUACCUACCCUCUCCAGGCUCAACGACGAGAGAACCGUCGAGGGCAGCGCGAAGCCGCUGUUCCGCGUUUAUCAGUGCGAACGCGGAUGUCAACCCCCUGUCCAUCGUGAUUUGGUCGCAGGCAAGAAUAUCAAGUUCGCGGGCCUCCAUUACCUCUUCUCCGACCACCACCCCUUCAAGCAGUACCAUUAA